UCUGCUAAGCUAAGCAACGACGCCGGAGGAGGUCGUAUCGUGUUCGUCUCCUUUCACUUUAUACUGAUGGAAGUAGAAGUGGCGGACCUUUAUGCGACUAAUGCAGGACCAAUUGAUGGUUCAGUUUUAUAUGAUCAAGAUAAGCAUGUAUCUACGGCAGUUUGGGAAGGACAGGAGCGUGGUGCUCUCAGAUGCCAUGAACACACUUCAAAGCUUGAUCAGUGGACACUUACUCAUAAACAGAUUGAAUUGGUACAGAAGGCUGGUUUUGGGUACUUAAGAUCAAUUCCAGCCAUUAGUCUCGAUAACCCUCUUAUCUCUGCCCUGGUUGAAAGGUGGAGAAGAGAAACAAAUACUUUCCACCUAAAUGUUGGAGAAAUGACGGUAACCCUCAGAGAUGUUGCUCUCUUACUAGGUCUGGCUAUAGAUGGGGACCCUGUAAUAGGUAUAACAUAUACUGCAUGCAGUUCAGUCUGUGAAAAGUACCUUGGCAAAGCACCUGAAUCUGGUUAUACAAGUGGUGGAAUGGUGAAGCUGAGUUGGUUGAAAGAGUUCUUUUCUCACUGUCCUGAAAAUGCUUCAAUGGAAGUAAUAGAACAACAUACUCGUGCCUAUCUUCUUUAUCUUGUAGGUAGUACCAUAUUUUCCACCACCACUGGGAACAAAGUCCCCGUAAUGUACUUGCCGUUAUUUGGGAAUUUUGAGCAAUGUGGAAGAUAUGCCUGGGGUGCAGCAGCAUUAGCAUUUUUAUAUAGAGCUCUGGGAAAUGCCUCUCUGAAAACUCAAAGCACUAUUAGUGGCUGUUUAACACUACUGCAGUGCUGGAGUUACUUUUACCUGAAUAUUGGCCGGCCAAAGCUUAACCACGAUCCUAUGCGUGAUCAAUUUCCAUUUGUGCUAAGAUGGAAAGGAAAAAAAAGUGGUCCAACAGCAAAUCGUGAUGUAAUUUUCUACCGGAAGGCUUUGGAUUCCCUAAAACCAAGUGAUGUGGAGUGGCUGCCAUACAGAAGCAUGGACAGUACGGUAAUUCCAGAAGACAUCAAAAGCACUUUAAUUCUUGGGAGGUCAAAGACAAUGUUGAUAUGUUUUGACAAGGCAGAGAGGCAUCUUCCGAAUCGAUGCCUAAGGCAAUAUGGCAUGCUUCAAUCAAUUCCAGAGCAUGUGGAGCACUGGGAGAGGAAGAGUCGAGGAGUUGAUGGUGGUGUCAAUUUGUCAGGGAAAAUGGAAUCGGAGCUUAGUGAAUGGAUGGACCGGCAUCUCCAUAUUGUCGAGGGUUAUGAUGAGGUAGAUGAAAAUGAGUACAUACAAUGGUAUCUAAAAAUUACUCGCAGAUUUGUGGGAAGGCCUAUUUCUCUCUCAUCCGAGUUUCAAAGAACAAAUGCUGGUUUGAGGGAUAUCGCACAUAUAGCGGACACUUUUGCAACUGAUGGGCUGGAUGCAGAUCAAAUUGAAUCAAUUUCUAGAAUAAGAUUAAUUGCACAUGAAUGUUUGAGAGACCAGUUUGGUAGUCCAGCCAUAGUGCCAGCCACCCCACAAGUUGAGCUUGGAAAGAGGGUGAGAGGAAAGGAGAGGGUCAGAAGAAAAGGUUCUGGUAAACGAUUGCGGAGAGAUGAAGAUGAUGAUGCAGUUCAGUAUAAUGCAGCUAGUGAGGAUGAGCAACCCUCAGUUCUACGGUGCUGCUAUGAAGAUUGA